UAUAUGGAAUGGACCGAGUAUUAUCUUCAAAAAAGGAUACAGCUUCGCGUCAAGCAUCUAUUCAAGAAGCUUUGAAUUUUCUUCAAGUGCAAAAGACUAGUUCAAGUUCACCUUUAAGUGUACGCAAAGUUGCUUUUAAUUAUGGUAUCGCUGAACAAACCUUGCCGCCUUUAGCAUCGAUUUUGAAGUAUCCACAUUCGAAGCAAUUGUCAGUUGAGAAAAAACCUCAAAACCGACCCAAAAACUUCAAAUUCGGAACACUUGUAACUGCAGAAUCCAUUGUAAAAGAAUUGGAGGACAGAGAAAAUGUAAAGCAAAAAAAGGCUGAAGAUACAAGAUUAAGAAAGAAACGACGGGCUAUAAAUAAAACAAACAAGCAAGCCCAAAAUAAUGCUAAAAAUAAAUAG